AUGGGCCCUGGAUCUAGUUUAGGUUACAUCUUAGCCGAAGAGGGCUAUGACGUUUGGAUGGGAAACGCUCGCGGAAACUACUAUUCUAGAAAACACAGAAGACUACGCCCCGACGCGUUAUUGAACACUGACUUUUGGGACUUCUCUUGGGAUGAAAUAGGACACAUAGAUGUCGCCGCCAUGAUCGAUUAUGCUCUAAGACACACCGGAAGGUCAAGAUUACAUUAUAUUGGGUUCUCCCAAGGGACGACGACUUUCUUUGUUUUAGCUUCUCUUAGACCAGAGUAUAACAAUAAAAUAAUAUCCAUGCAUGCGUUGGCGCCGGUCGCUUAUAUGGCACACAACAAAAAUCUCCUAUUCAACGCAUUGGCACCUUUUUCGAGAAGUCUAGAGAGGUUGGCGAAUCUAAUUGGAAUUGGCGAAUUUAUGCCUAAUAGUCUUAUUUUCACUUGGGCUGGACAAGCUUUAUGUAGAGAUCAAGUUAUUUUCCAACCAAUUUGCAGCAGUAUCCUGUUUUUGAUCGGAGGAUGGAACGAGAAGCAGCAUAACUCGACGAUGAUGCCUGUCAUCUUCGGGCACACACCAGCGGGAUCAUCUGUAAGGCAAUUCGCCCACUACGGACAAGGCAUUGCAAGGAACCAGUUCCAGCGUUAUGAUUUUGGUUCGUCAAAGAACAGAAGGUUGUACGGCCAAUCGCGCGCACCGGAUUACGAUUUGGGAAAAAUAACAAUACCUGUCUUCCUACAUUAUUCGGCUAGUGAUCCUCUAGCUCACGUUAAUGACGUUGAGAGAUUAUAUAGGGAGCUGAGGAACCCAGUUGGCAAAUACAGGAUUCAAGACCAGAAAUUUAGUCACUUAGAUUUCGUAUACGGACUAUUUUUCUGUGUUGUUACUGUGUAUGCUGGUCGCUCCCCUAAUGCUGCAUAUGUGGAGGAAUUAUUAGAACAUUACAGCGAGGGGCGAUUUUCUGACAAUAUUGAAGAAGAUGCUACUUUAGAUGUGCCCGAACUGGUGAGGAAGUACGGGUACCCCUUAGAGGAACACACCGUAGAGACAUCCGAUGGCUACAUCCUGGGAGUGCAUCGUAUACCGUAUGGUCGUGACAAUAAAGAUGAAAGAAACCGACCAGUUGUCUUCUUGAUGCACGGACUCCUAAGUUCCUCUGCUGAUUAUGUGCUUAUGGGCCCUGGAUCUAGUAUAGGUUAUAUCUUAGCCGAAGAAGGCUUCGACGUUUGGAUGGGAAAUGGACGUGGAAACUACUAUUCCCGUAAACAUAAAAGACUACGUCCCGACGCGUUGCUUAACACAGAAUUUUGGGAUUUCUCGUGGGAUGAAAUUGGAAAUAUUGAUGUAGCAGCCAUGAUAGAUUAUGCGCUAGAGCACACUGGAAGGUCACGAUUACAUUACAUUGGGUUCUCUCAAGGGACGACGACUUUCUUUGUUUUAGCUUCUCUCAAACCGGAGUACAACGAUAAAAUUAUAUCUAUGCAUGCGUUAGCGCCCGUCGCUUAUAUGGCAAACAACAGAAAUCUUCUUUUCAACGCAUUAGCUCCCUUUUCUAGAACUUUAACGAGGUUGGCGAAUCUAAUUGGAAUUGGCGAAUUUAUGCCUAAUAGUCUUAUUUUCACUUGGGCCGGACAAGCUUUAUGUAGAGAUCAAGUUAUUUUCCAACCAAUUUGUAGCAGCAUUCUGUUUUUGGUCGGAGGUUGGAAUGAGAAGCAGCAUAAUUCGACGAUGAUGCCUGUAAUCUUUGGCCACACACCAGCAGGAGCUUCUGUAAGGCAAUUCGCUCAUUAUGGACAAGGAAUUGCUGGAAACAAAUUCCGUCGCUUCGAUUUUGGCAUGUUAAAAAAUCUAAGAGUAUAUGGCAGAAUAGGCGCACCGGAUUACGACUUGGGAAAAAUAACAACACCAGUCUUCCUACACUAUUCAGUGAAUGAUCCUCUCGCUCACGUGAAUGAUGUCGAUAAAUUGUUUAAGGAACUCAGAAAUCCAGUAGGCAAAUUCAAAAUACAAGAUGUCGACUUCAGUCAUCUAGAUUUUGUAUACGCUUUAAUCUCUUUAACAUCCGCUGGGUUGUCACCUCAUGCUGAUUUGGUCAUCAAAUUAGUCCAAAAUCAGGACUUUGGGCCUACAUUUUCUGACGAUUUAGUCCAAGAUGCUAUUUUGGAUGUGCCAGGACUAGCAAGAAGGUACAAUUAUCCUAUAGAAGAACACACAGUCUUGACUCCGGAUGGCUAUUUACUGGGUAUGCACCGCAUUCCUCAUGGAAGAGACAAGAAUAAUAGACCUGGAGAUCGACCAGCCGUCCUAGUAAUGCACGGGCUAUUAGGUUCUUCGGCUGAUUACAUACUGUCGGGCCCUGGAAAUGGCUUAGGUUAUAUCCUGGCAGAAGAAGGCUAUGAUGUUUGGCUUGGUAACGCUCGUGGGAAUUAUUAUUCCCGGAAACAUUUAUUACUAAACCCCAACAUUUUCGGGAACAUAACAUUUUGGGAAUUCUCCUGGGACGAAAUAGGAAACAUCGAUUUACCAACUAUGAUAGACUAUGUAUUAGGUCAGACUGGUAAAACUGCUCUACAUUACAUCGGGAUGUCCCAAGGGACGACGUCGUUUUUCGUGAUGGGAUCACUUCGGCCGGAUUAUAAUCGGAAAAUAAUUUCGAUGCAAGCCUUAGCCCCCGUAGCGUAUAUGAAGCAUAGCAAAAAUAUUCUCUUCCAAGCUUUAGCGCCAUUUGCAACGAAUAUAGCGGCAUUAUCAAACUUAAUUGGUCUAGGAGAAUACCUACCAAAUAAUAUAUUUUGGACGUGGAUGGGACAGAAUGUCUGCAAAGACCAGGACCCAUUGCAAAUAGUCUGCCGACAGCUAUUUUUCUUCUUUGGAGGAGUAAAUAAAGAUCAAUUUAAUUCGACUCUGUUGCCUGUAAAGUUCGGACACAUUCCCGCGGGUGCUUCAAUACGCCAAUUGGCACACUACGGACAGGGCAUAACCAGUGGAAUCUUUCGUCGUUACGACCACGGUUGGGUACAAAACAUGUUAAGGUAUGGUAGCGGGGAACCACCAAGAUACGACCUAUCAAGAAUCAACUGUCCGGUCUACCUACACUACUCCGAGAGUGACCCUCUAGCCGACGUUAUCGAUGUAGAUAGGCUCUUCAGUGAAUUAGGGGGGACACCCACCAGAAUACGCAUACCACACAAAACUUUCAGCCAUUUCGAUUUCCUAUGGGCUAUUGACUCGAAGACCUUGGUGUAUGAUGCGAUGAUUCAAAUAAUGAAGAGUUUGAACUGA